AUGGAUGCCCACUGUGAGGUGAAUGUUAAUUGGUUGCCUCCAUUACUAGAGCCCAUUUAUCGAGAUAGAACUGUUAUGACAGUACCUAUUAUUGAUGUCAUAGAUUUGAACAAUUUCCGUUAUCACUCUGAAAAUCACAACGGUGAUUAUCGGGGUGGAUUUGACUGGAGUUUGCUGUACGAGAAACAUAAGCUUACAGCGCAACAGGAAAAAAGUAGAAAAUAUAAGAGCGAGCCUUACGACUCUCCCACUCAUGCCGGAGGUCUGCUUGCCAUCGAUCGUAACUUCUUUUUACGCCUCGAAGCAUAUGACCCAGGUCUUCUCAUUUGGGGUGGUGAAAAUAUGGAACUAUCGUUCAAGAUUUGGCAAUGUGGUGGAAGUAUAAAAUGGGUUCCGUGUUCUCGAGUUGGACACGUUUAUAGAAAGUUUUUGCCUUAUGAUUUCGGGCAAAGGAAAAAAGGACCUCUGGAUCUUUAUAAUUACAAGCGUGUAGUAGAAACUUGGUUUGAUCCCAAACACAAGGAGUACUUUUACACUCGAGUACCUUUAGCUCGUUUUUUGGACCAUGGAGAUAUUUCAAAGCAACUGAGCCUCAAAAAGAGACUCCGGUGCAAAAGCUUCCAAUGGUAUAUGGAAAACGUAGCGAACGAUAUUAUACCAGAUCUUCCCAGAAACAUGCAUUGGGGAGAACUUCGUAAUUUGGGAACCAAUUCGUGUAUGGAUUCAACACUUUUCGGACCACCCAGUUUAAUGAAAAUGAUGCCAUGCCACGGGUAUGGACAUACCCAAUUAAUUCGUUUAAAUGUGGAAGGUCAAUUGGCAGUUACUGAAUACUGCAUUGACGGAGAUCACGAAAAUAUCACACUGGUUUCAUGUUCGUCACGUGUUGCUGAUGGACCUUGGUCGUACUAUGAAUCAACACACUUUCUGAUUCAUCGUCCCAAAAAGUUAUGUCUUGUGCAGCAACCUGCAACACAUCGUCUUUUUCUCAGACCAUGUCAUAAAAAUAAUAAUUACCACAAAUGGAUUUUUCAAUCCCUUCGUCCUUGGUGGUGA